AUGAAAGGAAAAAAUCACACAGAUGCAUCACAAUUUCUUCUGCUGGGCCUCACAGAUGAUCCUGUACUGCAGCCCUUUCUCUUUGGUCUGUUCCUGUCCAUGUACCUGGUCACCGUGCUCGGGAAUCUGCUCAUCAUACUGGCCAUCAGCUUUGACUCCCACCUCCAUACUCCGAUGUACUUCUUCCUCUCCAACCUGUCCUUUGUGGACAUCUGUUUCACCUCCACCACCAUCCCAAAGAUGCUGGUGAACAUUCAGACAUACAAUAAAGGUAUUACCUACACAGAGUGCUUCAUUCAGGUGUAUUUUUUUAUGAUUUUUGUGGGGAUGGAUAAUUUCCUGCUGACAGUGAUGGCUUAUGACCGAUUUGUGGCCAUCUGCCAUCCCCUGAAAUACAUGAUCAUCAUGACACCUUGGCUAUGUAUCCUGCUCGUUCUGGUGUCCUGGAUCAUCAUUUUCUUCUUUGCCCUUCUUCAUAUUCUCCUGCUGAUGCAACUGAAAUUCUCUAUUGGAACUGAAAUCCCACAUUUCUUCUGUGAACUGGCUAUACUUAUUAAAGUGGCCACUUUAGAUAUCCUUGUCCAUGUCAAUAUCAUCAUAAUGUAUGUGUCACUUAUUCUGUCAGUUGUGUGUCCCACGACUGGGAUUCUCUUCUCUUAUUCUCAGAUUUUAUCCUCUUUAGUGAGGAUGUCCUCCACUAUAAGCAGGUAUAGAGCAUUUUCCACCUGUGGGUCUCACCUCUGUGUGGUCUCCUUGUUCUAUGGAACAGGACUUGGGGUGUACCUCAGUUCAGCUGUGAACCAUUCUUCCCAUGAAAGCUCUGCUGCCUCUGUGAUAUACACUGUGGUGACCCCCAUGCUGAACCCUUUCAUCUACAGCCUGAGGAACAAGGAUGUGAAGGAUGCCCUGGGGAGACUUCUCAACAGAGCAGACUCUCAUCCUUGA